AUGCCGAAAAUUUACAAUUUUGGUGCCGGGCCGGCUAAAAUGCCAGAGGAGGUAUAUGAAAUUAUGAGAAAUGAACUAACAAACUUUGAUGGAUCGGGCAUAAGUUUACUUGAGACAAGUCAUAGGACUAAAGCAUACAUGCAGUUUAAUACAGAAGUUCAAAAUGUUGUCAGAAGAUUAUUAGAUGUGCCAGCAAAUUACAAAAUUUUAUUCAUGGCUGGGGGUGGUACUGGUGAAUUUGCAGCGGUUCCACUUAACUUGAUAUCUAGAACUGGGACUGCGGAUUAUGUCGUGACUGGUGACUGGUCAGCUAAAGCAGCAAAGGAGGCCAAAAAGUAUGGCAAAGUGAACAUGGUGCUGCCUCCUACUGAUCGUUAUGUUGGCAUUCCUGAUCAAUCAGAGUGGAACCUUGAUCCCAAUGCCUCAUAUGUUCACAUUUGCACCAAUGAAACUAUUCAUGGUGUUGAAUUUGACUUUAUCCCUGACACGAAGGGAGUGCCUCUAGUAGCUGACAUGUCCUCAAAUAUUAUGUCUAAGAAAGUUGAUGUUUCUAAGUUCGGAGUGAUAUACGCUGGUGCACAGAAGAACAUUGGUACCGCUGGUGUGUGUCUGGUAAUCGUUAGAGAAGAUUUGCUGAACCAAGCGCUGCCAAUAUGCCCAUCGCUCUUCGAUUGGACUGCCAAUGCUAAGGCCGACUCCAUUCUUAACACACCUCCUAUGUUCGCUAUCUACGUAAUGGGAAGAGUUUUACAAUGGGUUGAGAGGAAUGGAGGUGUUGAAGGCAUGGCUCAACUAGCCGCGAAGAAAGCGUCACUGAUCUAUGGCGCAGUGGAAGAGUCCAAUGGCUUCUAUUCCGUGCCAGUAGCCAAGAAUGCCAGAAGUAAGAUGAAUGUCCCAUUCAGAAUCGGAUCUCCAGCCAAUGAGGAUCUUGAAAAGGAGUUCCUGAAGGGCGCUGAGGCUUUAGGACUUAUUCAGUUGAAGGGACACAGAAACGUCGGAGGUAUCCGAGCGUCCAUCUACAACGCAGUAUCAGUUGAAGAAGUGGAAACCUUAGUGAAGUACAUGAAAGACUUCCAGAAUAAACAUGCCAAGUAA